AUGGAAAGAGAAGAAGAUAAUCCGGCUUUUGAGUUCCUGUUCAAACAUACCAAGCAGAAGCCGCAGCAGCAGCCGUCGCCGAAGCGCAAGCAACAGCGUAUAAAAUCUCAAGAAGAACCAGUGGCGCAAGCAGCAGUAGCGGAAGCGGCAGCGUCGAGGACGGCAUUGGAACGCCUCAUCGAGUAUGCAGUCAGUGUACUCAUUCCGAAACCGCUCGUCCAAGAAUCCCAGGAAGCUGUUCAAUCACGAAGAGAUGAUGCCCAGCAAACUGCAGAGCGCGAAGCGAUGGUGGACGCAGGAUUGAAGUGUCAGGAGGCCAAAGAUCAAAGAGUGUAUGGUGAAGAACAACAUUGGGGCUCAAUUGUCAAAGUUGAGAAUGAAGGAGUAUAUAUUGCAGUGGCACCAACAGCCCCAGCUUAUUAUCAACCCCAUUACGUUAACUGCGGUGUGAGUUACGAGGUUACGGCAGGUGCAGGACUUGGAUUAGCGAAAUUGUUGUUGAUCCUUCCGAUCGCGUGCCAAAUUCAAGUGGAGCUCUGGGGCUCUUCGAUGGCCACCAUGCCAAAACAACACAAGAAGAAUAGGAAGCAGCUGACCAUUGAAGAAGAAGGUGAGGCGAAUGUGGACGUCGUACUCGAACAGUUGGAGAGCCCUGUGUUGCAGCACGGUGGCGAUCAUCGCUUUGAGAAAGAUGAUCGCGUAGAAUCACGAGAAUUCAAAGAAUGGAUCCGAUCUUUGCUCCGAACCGAAGAACAUGGCGAUUGGCACAAUUAG